AUGAACCUCCGCCUCUCUACCCUCGUCAUCGUCGCUACCGGCCUCUUGGCCGCCUCCCCGAUAGUCAACGCUGGUCCCGUUGCCUAUGGUAUCUGCCAGACAGGAUGCAACGCCGUUGUCGUUGCCUGCUACGCAGGCGCGGGCUUCACCUUUGGCACUGUCACUGCGGGUCUGGGCGUGCCGGCCGCCAUUGUCGCUUGUAAUGCCGCCUUGGGGACCUGCUCCGCCGCUUGUGCGACUGUAGCCCUUUUUGCGCCGACUCCGUAAAGGUUCUUUGCUUGCAGAUGUUCAAACGCAAUGUACUAUUAGUUAUGAGUCCAGAAGCAGAGAUGAAUCGUGAUAGCAGGUCGAAAUGUUUCAGACUUCCAGGGAUCUGUAUAUGUAUUCAGUACAGAUGUUUGAGGUUAUAAGAGGGGUUAUUGGCAAUCAGUCAGUGGUACGUUCCAGUGGACAUGGCUCAGCCAUGCCAACUGAAUCUCUUGUUCAACCUCUCGCGGAGCGCCGGAAAGCCUUUCUUGAUUCCAAUCUCCUUCC